AUUUAACAUUUGGUUUUUGUUUUUGAAAACGAAAAACAAAUUAAUAAAAUUGAUGUGCUAACCAAAUUUAUGUGAAAAACCUUGACAACCAUAAGUGGUUGAUGAUGAUUCUAUGUGGUGAUUGAACCAUAGAAAAAGAACAACCACACAGCAAAUUAGAAUUAAACAAGCAACAAUUAAGAACUUGAGUUGUAGACACACACGAUGACCACAUAAGAGGAGCAACUGGCGUUCCGCCACUUGAGCGAAAUUCCGAUGCACUUUCACCAGCAACCUCCAGCUACAGACAGACAUACAUAUAUAGACUCGGCAGAAUCGGAUUCGGAGAGCAGCAAAAACAUACACGAAUCAAACGUAAACUGAAACUCGUUUGACAUCUAUUUCGAUAUCAAUAUAAAAGAAAAACACAUAUAGAGGCCAAAAACAACAACAACAACAUCGGACUGCUGGUGGUUGUUAGCAGACUACUAAGCACCUGUGAGUGGAGUGGAUUGCCUGCCUCCACUCAGUCUCUCAGUCACAUCUUGCCCACUCUUGAGCUCACUUCAGUCGCGCCGUGUUAGAAGAACGUUUGGAAUUUGCAUAAAGCGGCCAUAUGCAUAGAUUAGGCUGCUGCUGCUGCUUGUGCUGAGCAUGUUUAACGAAUUGAGUCGAUUUAUUGCCAGGCCCAGACGACGACGCAACGGAAUUUUUGUGUUAAACGCUUGAAGCGAUUAUAUCGAGAGAGAGAGAUUUAGAACGAGACGACCAACCAACAGGAUGUCGACCAUAGAGGAGAAAUUGCGUGGCAUAUUGGAAGGUAGAGAUCUGGGCGACAUAACCACUGAACUGUGUGAUUUCUCGCUAACGGAGCAAAAUGCCACGGCUGAGGCGCAGGGAGUGCAACCAUCUUCGUCCCCGGAUUUCUUGCCCAUACUCGGCCAGACGGUAACCUAUAUUGUGGCCUGUGUUCUCAUCAAUGACCAUGAUGAGGUCUUAAUGAUUGAAGAGGCCAAACAAAGUUGUACAGGAAAAUGGUAUUUACCCGCUGGUCGCAUGGAGCGGGGGGAAUCAAUCAUUGAGGCUGCGGCUCGUGAAGUAUUUGAAGAAACCGGACUUAAUGCCGAACUAACAACAUUGCUAGCAGUGGAAUCAGCUGGCGGAUCAUGGUUUCGCUUCGUUUUGACUGGGAGAAUUACAGGUGGUCGUCUCAAGACCCCCGCCGAAGCCGAUGCCGAGUCGAUACAAGCACGCUGGAUGCGUGAUCUAAAGGAGGUGACCUUGCGAUCGAAUGACAUACUGAACAUCAUUGAUAUUGGGCGCUCAUUUCAUAAGCAAAUCAGCCCAACUGUCACAGUGGGCACAACAUUGUGGCAUGGCAAUAUCCUGCCAACCCGCUAUCCACACAAACGCAACUACAUCCGUGUCCUGGCAGUGGCCCGUAAGCGGGCGACCAAUUCAAUGAAUAUUCUGAUCAGUGAAAAGAAUGCCCAUCAUUUUCCUACCGUGGAGCUGCAUCCAAAUCGCAGUCUUCACUCAACGUUACGUAAAUUUAUGAUUGAGAUUUUUGGUGCCGAAUUGCCACAACAUCGGCCACAUGGCCUAAUCGGUGUGGAGCAUGCCGCCAGCAGCACAUCGACUGAGGGGGCGAGCACUGAUGGCAUUUGUUUGAAUCUGCUGGUAGCCUUUAGGCCGCCCCUUGAGGAAAUCUCAAUAAUCGGCAAAUGUAUUUGGCAACAGCUGUCCGAUUCCCUCGACAAUACUCUGGGCAGAAUUGCGUCCAGCAAGAAUGGGUCUAUUCCACUGAAUGUAGUACGAUAGGAUCCAACUUAGUUUCUAGCAUAGAUCUAUCCCAAUGGUGCAAGCAUUCUAAAAUACUUACCCUAUAAAAUUUAGCUAAGUUAUUGAAACAACGAGUCUACUCUACAGAUAGUUAAUAAAAUACGUAAUUUCCCAACGGAAA